AUGAUGUGUGUGGGGUUCGUCUUCACCAAGGCUGGCAAGAUUGCUGCCACUGCCAUUGGAGGCAGCCUGCUGCUUUUUCAGAUUGCACAGCAUCAGGGCUACGUGAAGGUGAACUGGUCCAGGCUGAACAAGGAUCUUCAGCAGGCACAAAAUGAGCUGGCACGGCGCACAGACGGCAAGCUGCCCAGACUGCUCGAGGAGGUGAGCCACUUCGGGGCUGGUUCCAAAGGUGCAGGGGACAUGGCCCUGCACUACUGGGCCCAGAAGUUUGUCAAGGACAAUGUAUUCCUGGCUACGGGCUUUGCUGGUGGCUUCCUGCUAGGUGUGGCAUCCUCCUGA